GUUCUGCAAUUUUGUACAGUUUUACCAUUAUUUAAGGAUGAAGACGAUAUCUGAUAUUAAGUAGGCAUAUUGGAAAGCCAGAAAUAUGCUCCAGAAUUUUUACAACAGUAUAUAUUGCCCAGUAAUCGUGAUUAUUUUAAAUGUAUGUUUGAAAUAAUGAAAAAGAGAAAUGGGAACAAACUUUCCAAAUGAAGUACUGGAGAAUAUUUUCAAGCAUAUGGAUGCGAGAAGCUUCAUGCUUAACAAGAAGGUGUGUAUUCGUUGGAAAGAAAUCAUUUCUAAGAUGGAACAGAUGGGAAACGUAUGGCUGGAUUUCUGCCUCCUAGAAAUCCCUAAGUGGAUUUUGAUUGAUAUCUCGAAACUUUACCAUGAUUUGGUGGAAACAAGUAAAGGAGAUAUUUUUUAUCACAUGCUCUCUAAGAUGGGAUGGAUAUUCUGGAAGGAAAUAUUUAAAGAAUAUGUAAGAGCAAGUCAUGUGAAACAGGAUCUCUAUGUCAUGACAAAUGUGAAAUAUAACCCAGACUUUGGUCAAGUGACAGCACUGGCAUUUAAUGAUUUGGUUUUGUAUAGUGGUUUUGAAAAUGGGGGUGUUUGUCUUUGGAAGAAUUUAGACACUUGUCAAAAGAGCACAAAAGUAAUAGAUUUAGUUUACUCUCCAGUGCAGGCAAUUUACUGUAACCCAAAAGGAAGUAUGACCUCUCAGCUUCAGGGUGUGAGUAAAAAGACUGAGACACUUAUGGUGGUGUACAAAGAUAAGGUGAAACUUUGCAGAAAUGAAGAUAAGAAAUCAAAAGACAAUGCAGCACUUUGGCAAUGGCAACAAGAAAUUUCUAGGAAACCAUGUGAAAAUCCCCAUGAGUUUUGCUCCAUACCUGGUGGCCAUUUGUCUUCCUUUGAGUGGUACUCUGGUGGUUACAUCCACCACGCAGAAGAAACCACAAAACGGAUUAGUGUCUGUGAUGAUUUGCUGGAUGGCAAUAUCACAGCUGCAGCAGCCAGCAAAGGAAAGAUUGUAUUUGGAAAGAAUUCAGGGGAAGUUUUCUUCAUCACCAGUAGUUCUUCUGUAACGAUGUUGGAUAAUUUGGGCUCCAGUGUCCGAUGGUUGAUCAUCAAAGGAAGAACAAUUCUGUGUUUAACUGAUGAUUCAAACAUCCAUGUAUCAGCUAACUUUGCUACAUUUCGUAAACUAGAUGCCCACAAAGCCUUUGGUUGCCAUGUGGAAUGCAUAGCAUGGCAUGCAUCAAUACUAGUGAUUGGAACAAAAUAUGGUGUCAUUCAUGUAUAUCAUGUUCCCACAGAAGAAAGUCUACUAAAAUUAGAUCUAAGCAAAUCUACUGUGAUUCAUCUGAACUCUGAACAUGUGAAUGCCAUAGCAAUAGGGGAUGAUGGGAGUAGACCAGUGGUUGCCGUGGCAACAGAUACUGUUGGAAUCAUGCAUGUUAUCCGUUGGUAAAUUUUGUUCUUAGAUUCAAAGUUUUGUUUUUGAAUAUUCUUGAGUAUACAAUAUUAGUGAUUGCUCAGAAAUCUACAUUUUGAUAUGCAAUGUACCAAGGAAAUCUCAAUUUGUUAAGUUUUAGACUUUAAUUAAAAACUUGAUUGUUUUUGGUAUUUUCCAUCCUUUUCCCAUUAUUUUUAGCUGUCAUUCACAAGAAAUCCUUGAAAUGAAAAGUUAAUACUUUCUCAUUGACUGUAAGUUUGUUUAAUAUGUAUAACUUUGCCAUCACACAAAAUUUAUAUGUGGAAUUUUUUCUACAACUAGCAUUGUAUUUAUUUAAAACAAUAUCUUGCCAUAAUGAGCAAAUUAAAGAUGAAAAUAUCUUGGACAAAGAAAAAAAAUCUUGUUAAAAAUUGAAAAUAAACAGGAAACUACAAGUAUA